GCCCGGGUGCUUCAGUUUCGCUGUGGUGCUGUUCGGGGGAAGUCAGCGCUCCGGCAAGCGGAAACUUCAUCAGCAGCUUUAAAUAGUUUAUUCUGUGUACAGAUCCGCGCGGUUUAAAGGCGCUGCAGCAUUCUUAAUAAGGCCAUGACGGAGCUGAGUGUGAUGAAGCGGAGCGCGCCGCUGAGUUUACUGUGCUGUGGGCUUGAGAAUGGCGGCGCUGUUCGCUGGGUUUCCCCUUUAAGCGCUCCACUGGACACUUUCUCACAGAAACGCGAGGAGGAGCUCGACGGCUGCACGGAGGAGGCCGACGGACGGGCUGCUGGAGCCGGGAUUAAUGCAGGGAAAGCGCCUGUGGAAAGCCGGUCAGAGCUUGAGGAGCGCGGCUGUGAGGAGCUCCUGAACCCGGAGCUGGAGACGGAGACCUACGAGCUGCUGAGGCAGCUGUUCCGCUCCCACACGGGCCUUCCGGUGGAACACAGGCGGAAUAAAGCGCACUCAGCACUGCCGAGUCUGCAGAGAGUGGUGGGGAAAACCAUCCACAACCACCGCAUCGCAUACACCGGCAUGGUGCGGCGGCUGUUCGAGAACAGUAGUCUGGACGGUGUGGGCUCCGUACUGAGCGGUGUGUUUGACGAUGGUGUGAUUUCUUGGGGACGCAUCGCAAGUGUUCUGGCUCUAGGUGCUGUGGUGUGCGAGCGGCUGAAGCAGGACUGUGCGAAGGAGCAAGUUGAGGAGUGUGUGGACAUUGUUGCCUUACAAAUCUCCUCCUACCUCACUACAGACCUGCAGCACUGGUUCAUCAACAACAACGGCUGGGAUGGUUUUGUGGAGUUCUUUUAUGUCGAGGAUCCCGAGUCCACAGUUCGGAAGGCACUCAUGGCAGUGGCCGGAUUCGGAAUAGGGGCAUGUCUCUUAACGCUGAUGCGAUGAAGUGGGUGGAGGCAGAGGUGGCCACUGUUACUAUGACUACACCGUUGUCUGUCUUCCUAAGGAAACGAGGACGAAUGUGCUUGUGCUCUUCUGGGCGAUCGCAGAGACACUAAUAAAUCCGUAUGUUUUAUGAAGACUGAGCAAAGUUUAUAUUCAAAUAAAAUUCCCCACACCCAGAUAAACUGCCCCUGUCUCCGUGGGGAGGUCACUGCACUGUCCUGCACAUGGCAGGAUCUCAGCUGUUUAACUUUCAGUGCAGGGUCUGGCACGGUGAGGGCCCUGAUUGUGUGAGGAAAUUCAGAGCUUUCCUGUUUGGAGAAAGUUUUAGUUUUUUUAAAUAAACAUUUCAGACACUGAA